CGGCGGCGAACGGAAGAUGGCGACGGCGGCGUCUGUGAAGAGGCGCUGCUGAGGGGGCGCGAGGGGGACGGAGGCCUGCGCCGCGGAAGUGCCGGACAGCAGCCAUGGCAGGCAGCAGUGGGGAUAGUGUCACUCGCCGGAGCGUGGCGUCACAGUUCUUCACACAAGAGGAGGGGCCGGGCAUCGAUGGCAUGACCACCUCAGAGAGAGUGGUGGACCUCCUGAACCAGGCAGCGCUGAUCACCAACGAUUCGAAGAUCACAGUACUCAAACAGGUGCAGGAACUGAUCAUCAACAAAGACCCCACACUACUGGACAACUUCCUGGACGAGAUCAUCGCUUUCCAAGCGGACAAGUCAAUUGAAGUGCGCAAAUUUGUCAUCGGCUUCAUCGAGGAGGCAUGCAAACGAGACAUCGAGUUGCUGCUAAAACUGAUUGCGAACCUCAACAUGCUCCUGAGGGAUGAGAAUGUGAAUGUGGUGAAGAAGGCCAUCCUCACCAUGACCCAGCUCUACAAAGUGGCCCUGCAGUGGAUGGUGAAGUCGCGAGUCAUCAGCGAGCUCCAGGAGGCCUGCUGGGACAUGGUGUCUGCCAUGGCUGGUGACAUCAUUCUCCUGUUGGAUUCUGACAAUGAUGGCAUCCGCACCCAUGCCAUCAAGUUUGUGGAGGGCCUCAUCGUCACCCUGUCGCCCCGCAUGGCUGACUCGGAGGUGCCCCGACGCCAGGAGCAUGACAUCAGCCUCGACCGCAUCCCCCGGGACCACCCCUACAUCCAGUACAAUGUGCUGUGGGAAGAGGGCAAGGCAGCUUUGGAGCAGUUGCUCAAGUUCAUGGUGCAUCCCGCCAUCUCCUCCAUCAACCUGACCACAGCUCUGGGCUCCCUUGCCAACAUCGCCCGCCAGAGGCCCAUGUUCAUGUCAGAGGUGAUCCAGGCCUACGAAACCCUGCACGCCAACCUGCCCCCUACGCUGGCCAAAUCUCAGGUGAGCAGUGUGCGCAAGAACCUCAAGUUACACCUGUUGAAUGUGCUGAAGCACCCAGCCUCCUUGGAAUUUCAGGCCCAGAUUACCACCCUGCUGGUGGACCUAGGCACACCUCAGGCUGAGAUUGCCCGCAAUAUGCCCAGUGCCAAGGAUGCCCGCAAGCGGCCCCGGGACGACUCGGAUUCCACACUCAAGAAGAUGAAGCUUGAGCCCAACCUGGGGGAAGACGACGAGGACAAGGACUUGGAGCCGGGCCCGUCGGGGACCUCGAAGGCCUCAGCCCAGAUCUCAGGCCAGUCAGACACGGACAUCACGGCCGAGUUCCUGCAGCCUCUACUGACACCUGACAACGUGGCCAAUCUGGUCCUCAUCAGUAUGGUGUACCUGCCCGAGGCCAUGCCCGCCUCCUUCCAAGCCAUCUACACCCCGGUGGAGUCAGCAGGCACCGAAGCCCAGAUCAAGCACCUGGCUCGGCUCAUGGCCACACAGAUGACGGCUGCGGGACUGGGGCCAGGUGUGGAGCAGACCAAGCAGUGCAAGGAGGAGCCCAAGGAGGAAAAGGUGGUGAAGCCUGAGAGUGUCCUGAUUAAGCGACGCCUGUCGGCUCAGGGCCAGGCCAUCUCGGUGGUGGGCUCCCUGAGCUCCAUGUCUGCUCUGGAGGAAGAGGCACCCCAGGCCAAGAGGAGGCCAGAGCCCAUCAUCCCUGUCACGCAGCCCCGGCUGGCGGGCGCUGGCGGGCGCAAGAAAAUCUUCCGUCUGAGUGAUGUGCUGAAGCCUCUGACCGACGCCCAGGUUGAGGCUAUGAAGCUGGGCGCCGUGAAGCGGAUCCUCCGGGCAGAGAAGGCCGUGGCCUGUAGCGGGGCGGCCCAGACACCUGCUCGAAAUCCUGACUCUGCCGCUUGCUGGCAUUGUAACCUCAGCCAGGUGCGCGUAAAGAUCCUGGCCAGUCUGGUGACACAGUUUGACUCGGGCCUGAAGGCCGAGGUCUUGUCCUUCAUCCUGGAGGAUGUGCGGGCCCGCCUGGACUUGGCCUUCGCCUGGCUCUACCAGGAGUACAAUGCCUACCUGGCAGCCGGUGCCUCGGGCAGCCUGGACAAGUACGAGGACUGCCUUAUCCGCCUGCUCUCCGGCCUGCAGGAGAAGCCAGACCAGAAGGAUGGGGUCUUCACUAAGGUGGUGCUGGAGGCGCCGCUGAUCACCGAGAGCGCCCUGGAGGUGAUUCGCAAGUACUGCGAGGAUGAGAGUCGCACUUAUCUGGGCAUGUCCACUCUCCGAGACCUGAUCUUCAAGCGCCCAGCCCGCCAGUUCCAGUACCUGCAUGUUCUGCUCGACCUCAGCUCCCACGAGAAGGACAAGGUGCGUUCCCAGGCCCUGCUCUUCAUCAAACGCAUGUACGAGAAGGAGCAGCUCCGGGAGUAUGUGGAGAAAUUUGCCCUCAACUACCUGCAGCUCCUGGUCCACCCCAACCCGCCAUCUGUGCUCUUUGGAGCCGACAAGGAUACAGAGGUGGCAGCGCCCUGGACUGAGGAGACAGUAAAGCAGUGUCUGUACCUCUACCUGGCCCUCCUGCCUCAGAACCACAAGCUGAUCCACGAACUGGCAGCCGUGUACACUGAGGCCAUCGCUGACAUCAAGCGGACGGUGCUGAGGGUCAUCGAGCAGCCGAUCCGAGGAAUGGGCAUGAACUCCCCAGAGCUGCUCCUGCUGGUAGAAAACUGUCCCAAGGGGGCAGAGACACUGGUCACACGAUGUCUGCACAGCCUCACGGACAAAGUGCCGCCCUCCCCGGAGCUGGUGAAGCGGGUCCGGGAUCUCUACCACAAGCGCUUGCCGGAUGUCCGCUUCCUCAUCCCUGUGCUCAAUGGACUGGAGAAGAAAGAAGUGAUCCAGGCCCUGCCAAAGCUCAUCAAACUCAACCCCAUUGUGGUGAAAGAGGUCUUCAACCGCCUGCUGGGCACCCAGCACGGGGAAGGGAACUCGGCCUUGUCCCCGCUGAACCCUGGAGAGCUUCUGAUCGCAUUGCACAACAUUGACUCGGUGAAGUGUGACAUGAAGUCCAUCAUCAAAGCCACCAACCUGUGCUUUGCGGAGCGGAACGUGUACACGUCGGAGGUGCUGGCCGUGGUGAUGCAGCAGCUGAUGGAGCAGAGCCCCCUGCCCAUGCUGCUCAUGAGGACCGUCAUCCAGUCUCUGACCAUGUACCCCCGCCUGGGGGGGUUCGUCAUGAACAUCCUGUCCCGCCUCAUCAUGAAGCAGGUGUGGAAGUACCCCAAGGUGUGGGAGGGCUUCAUCAAGUGCUGCCAGCGCACCAAGCCCCAGAGCUUCCAGGUCAUCCUGCAGCUGCCGCCCCAGCAGCUGGGUGCCGUCUUUGACAAGUGCCCAGAGCUCCGGGAGCCCCUGCUGGCCCACGUCCGAUCCUUCACCCCCCACCAGCAAGCACACAUCCCCAACUCCAUCAUGACCAUCCUGGAGGCCAGUGGCAAGCAGGAGCCAGAGGCCAAGGAAGUGCCCGCGGGGCCCCUGGAAGAGGACGACCUGGAGCCCCUGGCCCUGGCCCCGGCCCCAGCCCCCCGGCCCCCUCAAGACCUCAUCGGCCUUCGGCUGGCCCAGGAGAAAGCCUUAAAGCGGCAGCUGGAGGAAGAACAGAAGUUGAAGCCGGGAGGAAUAGGAGCCCCCUCGGCCUCCUCGUCGUCGUCGUCGUCUUCCGCCUCCCGGCCAGGCCCUCCCCAGCCCGAGGAAGCCAUAGAUUUCCGGGAGGAGGGGCCCGAGUGUGAGACCCCCGCCAUCUUCAUCAGCAUGGAUGACGACUCGGGCCUGACCGAGGCCGCCCUCCUGGACUCUAGUCUUGAGGGGCCCCUACCUAAGGAGGCAGCGGGCGGGUUGACCUCAAAGGAGGAGCGCAGCCCCCAGACCCUCACCCCUGCCGGAGAAGAUACCGUGAAGACCCCCAGCCCCGCCGCCGCCGCUGCCGAGGAAUCCGCGGAACCCGAGACCAAGGGGAACAGCUGACGGGGCUUGGUGGGGAAGGGGAACGGGGCCGGGAGCUCGGGAAGGGCGGGGCGGGGCCUAGCCGGCGGGGCUUUGCCUUCAAAAUUAAAAAGAUCGCGGGUCUGGGGCGUGGA